AUGAGUUGCGGUUUCUCCUUGCUGAAUGGCCGGGGGCGCAUCGCACUGUCGGCAAAUGGCCAGCUUUUCGCAUACCGGCACCAAAACAUCGUAUAUGUCCGCGAAGCAACGCGGGAGAUGCCGAUUCGGGCGGCCUUCCAAAUACCGGCUUCCAAGGAUGACAUAUGCAUUGAGUUUUCCUUCUGUGGAAAUUACAUACUCUAUUACGCGCUCCCCACCGAUGUAGAGAUCAAUCUCUUCAGACUGGGGUCGGAGAGUAGCGUGUCUCCUCAUUUGGGGAGAGUGGAGUCUGAGCGCGUCCUUCCCUACUCCUCGCUCUCAGACCGUCAACUCUGUAUACGUGUCGAUGAGCUUGGAAUCAAGUACGCCACAUUUUCUCCCAACUUAACUCUCUUCUGCGUCACAGCUAGCACGUCAGAAACGCUAGAGAUUCGCUUUCUCUCUGCAUGGGCAAAGCCUGAUAGAGCCUCCAGUAAGUCUGUCCGCUUCUCGACCCAUGGGUCCUCCUCGGCAGCCCGUGCAUCCAGAGAUUCCAAUGGCAAAUCUUCGGGGCAAAGCGAAGGGGUGCUCCUUCGGGCUAUUCCGGGCGCCAAGAACCCGCCCAUUUUCUCUGCAGAGCUGUCGUACGUCGUUUUUGUCAGCAGUAGCUACUGUCAAGACAAGCUGCACAUCAUCGGUACCACUGAGCAGGUACACUCUGUUGUUGACUUUCCAAGCGAGACCUUUGAUACCAUGCAUUUGAGCGUUUUAGGGCAAAAGUCGUAUCUGCUUGCAGAUUUUUACAACGCGGUUCUUUAUAAGGUGCAGCUUUUAACGAAGAAUGAGGCCAGCAUUGUCCGAUACGAGGUACGCAUUCCAUAUCAGUUUAAUCCUGCAGUUACUAAGACUCUGAGCCUAGCUAUCUCGGCAAUAGCAGCCCAGGAUGUGCACAUCGCCGUAGUCUAUGUUAACUCUCGGGCUGCCCUUUUAUCUAAGAAUCUACAGGAGCGCAUGAUCAUCAGCGGGCUUCCAGAUUUACUCGAGCAUUGUGAGUCGAUCUUUGUUGAGUGCAGGUGUAAGGAGCUAGCGUCCGAUAUCAAGGAAAAAAGUACCCUGGAUGCUUUUAAAGACAAACAGAACUACUGCACAUGCGAUACGAGACAAGACCCGGUGCAAUCAGACUCUUACCCAGGUGUUGUGCAGAACCGAGAGGCAACACAGGGAGAGACAGAGGACUAUCUCAUAUAUCAAGAAGUUGUUUCGAUCACAGAAGAUUCAGAGCCGCUGAACACACAGUACAGCGCUCAGAUGAACAAGGAGGCCGUGCGGCGUGUUCAUGAGAUUCCAGAGAAGGAUCACCCUGGAAAGCCUAUGCACUACGACAGCGUUUGCCCUGCUUGUGGACUUCGGAUACCUAUCACCAAACAGCCAGGACUUCUUGAGAGCCACAUUUACGACUUCCCGAGUGUUAAUACCCACUCUUACCUAGUGAAAACCAACCUCAAUAACCUCUCCAUCCAGUAUGCCUCUCGAAAGGUAGCUUUCCAGCUUCCUAAGCUACUAGGAAUAGAGGCAUAUCUGAAGAGAAACACACGGAGUGGACACAUGUCAAAGGCAAAGUUUUCCUCGUGCUGUCGCUUUCUAGCCUACGUCGGGGUAGAAUAUCCAACCACCUUAAUUGUUGUAGAUCCGCUGGAGAUGAAACUCCUCACCGUUCUGGUCUUUUAUGACGUAAUUAUCGACUUUGUUUUUGUCCAGAGCAAUCUGUACAUUUUGACGUCAGCGCUGGCGGAGGAGUAUCAGGACUAUAGCCUGCAUAAUGAGCUGGACGAGUUUUCCCUCUUGACCGCAGAGAUGAGGUUUGAGGGCGAUCUGCGGCCCGUCGUGGCCACUACCACAGGCAACAAGCAUCUUCCAGGGUUAGCUGAGAACCGGCUGUUUAAGUGGUCUCCCAGAGGCCUUCCUUGCUAUAUUCCUCUACCGCAGAACGUUGCAGAUGUAAAGUUGAAACGAAUGUGUUUGGCCUACAACGACAUCGUCCUUAUCAACACUGACAACGGAAUUGCCGCAUUCGGCGGAUCAGGUUAG